AUGCAUACCGUUGUCACUCUUUUGCUUGUCGCUCUUUACUCACUCAUCCAGGCGAGGGCUGCCCCCCUCGUUUCUGGGGCCAUGUCCGGCAAGGUGGCCGUUGCGAACAACGCGUGCUUUCCCUCGCAGGGUUUUCAACCGUUGGAUCCUAGCAAAGGCGCACCGUCGACUCCCCUCUCCAAUUGGUGGUGCCCGGCAGAAACCGAAAAUGGCUUCUUUGGUUUUACUUAUGCUGCAUGGGACUGCCAGGACCUUAAUACCAUGAAGGCGGAUUUCGGUCGUAUGCGUAACCAGUACAAGGCUCGAUACGUCCGCAUGUACGCCUGGUGUGACGAUGAUGGUACAUAUCUCAAGAAUAUGAUCUCCGCCGCUUAUAGUCAAGGCCUCGGAAUUUACGCCACCAUCUGGUUCGGUUUCGAUGGAGGCAAUGCCUGGAAAAAGAGGCGUGAUCAGCUUGUUAACGCUAUCAAGACAAACCCAUUGGCCCCUUUUGUCAUAAGAUCUGUCGACGUCGGCUCCGAGCCUCUCUACGACUGGGUCCUCACACCCAAAGACCUUACAGCUGAGAUAAAUAAUGUCAAGGGUCUCAUCAGCUCCUACGGUAUCAAAGUCUCAAUUUCGGAGAUGAAGUACGGCUAUUCGGUCCAAGGUGACUCUCAAAUGGUCCUCGAUGCCGAGGACGUAGUUCAUACUCAUCAACUCCCCUUCUUCGACCCGAAUGCGACGACCGGCGACAAGGCCCUUGGCUCAAUUAUCGACUCGACCAAGUGGUUUGUCUCCAAGACGAACAACAACCGCAAGAUUGUUUACACCCAGACCGGCUGGCCUACAAACGACAAGGUUUGGAAAGCCAACUCUCCUUCUGCCAAAGCCUCUGUUGGAGACGCACAAGCCUACUAUCAGCUUCUGGACAGGUCGUGCGAGCAACUCAAGAGCAUCACUCCUCAAGGGGGAGUUGGAUGGUUUUGGCACAUCUGGAAAGACUCUAUGCUCGAUGGAUGGGGGCUUCUCGAUUGGAAUGGCAACCCAAAGUGGAACUUUGCACCUCGCACUUCCUGCUAG